AAGUAACUAGUCUCACGUGGUGGUACCAAUUAAUCCAGUGUCUGAAUGUUUGGUCAAAUUGAACUUGCUUCGUGGUACAGCCCUCUGUAGCAUUUGUGUUGAUCAGGUUAAAGCUAAAUUCACACUAAAGACCAGAGUGAGAGUCUGUGAAGGUGAACAGCUACUCCAUGAUAACAGCUUGUGGUAGUGUUAUCUACCUUUACCUGGGGAAAUGUUCUCAAACUCAAACACUUUACCUAAACUCUACCUCUCUGUCAUUGAUGAUGUGAUGGAGAAUGUUCGUGAACUGUUUCUCGAAGAAGGAAUAGAAGAGCAAGUGCUAGAUGACUUGAGGCAGCGGUGGGAGUCCAAAGUCUUGCAGUCCAAAGCUGUGGAAGGCUUUUCAAAAGACAACACCAAUCCAUCAAAUUUUGUUCUGCAACUCCCAGCAAAUUACUCUCAAACUCUUCAGAAAACAAUAGCUCCUGUGGUUAUUCCUGCUGGGCAGCUUGCACAGAGUUUCGCUGCAAAAGGGAGCACUAUUGCAACAUUCUCUCUCCCACCUGGAGUUACCUAUCCUGUUCAUAUUCCUGCUGGAGUGACUCUACAGACCGCUUCAGGUCAUCUCUACAAAGUCAAUGUUCCAGUAAUGGUGACCAAGGCUCCGGGUUGUCAGCGCGUCUCCGCCCAAGCUAAUCAGCCCCUCGUGGAGCAGAGUACAGUUUCCAGCACCAUCAUUCACAACAUACCUGCUCAGGUGACUGGCCCGUGCCCCCAAACUCUCCCUGCAACUCAAACCUCUCAACCAGCCCUGCCAACACACCAGCAGAGCCAGAGCCAAGUACCCCAGCCGCCCAGUAUCUCUCUGGAUCAAAGCACCAGGCCUGAAGCCCCUGCUACCCCAGAGCCUUCCAUUAAUCAGCAGUACUCGCAGUGGCCUCCAGAAAGCCCCAGCGAGUUCACCCUGGAUGGCAUUGAGUUCAGCCCCCAGCCUCUGGAUAUGAGCAUGUCCUCUCCACUAACCACACAGCUGUCUACUGGGCUGCUGGGAGCAUCAGGGAAUGCGCAGGUGUCAGAGUUUGGAUGCAGUGUGCAGGAGAUGGUGGAGAGAGCUGUUAAAGCAGAAGAAGAACCUGUAGCCUUGGCCAGCAGUGGCGACACCAUGAGUCUUCUGCCAGACCUGGAAAGAACACCUGACAGUGCAGUUAAGCUUGAGAUGGAACUCCUGAGGGACUACAACUUCAACGAGUUAACCAACAUAGUACAAAUGGACGGAGCUUGUGACAGCAGCUCUGAGGCAGGAGAUGAACCACAGGAGCUGGAGGAAGAAUCAGGAGCUAUUGGAGAAAAUGAGUUCCUGGGCAUGAUCAAUGCAGAGGCCCUGAAAGCACUUCAGGGGGCUGGUGGCAGCAGUGACCCCAGUGACAGCUCCAGCAGCAACAACGAUGAGUCUGACCUGAAGGAGUUGGAAGAGGAGGAUCCACUGAACUCUGGUGAUGAUGUGAGUGAGCAGGAUAUUCCGGAAGUCUUUGACACUGAGAACGUGGUUGUUUGUCAGUAUGAUAAGAUUCACCGCAGUAAGAACAGAUGGAAGUUUUACUUGAAAGAUGGUGUUAUGUGCUACAGAGGAAAGGACUAUGUUUUCUCCAAGGCUGUCGGUGAAGCUGAGUGGUUCUGCACAGGGUUUGGCUGUUGCCAUGAUUGUAGUUGGAGUCACAUUUACAUGUCUGAUGAGCGUCUGAACAGAACACAGCUGCAGGCCCACCUCACUUCAGUCAGGAUUGGAAAAAGUAAGGAGGUUAAGGGUAAGCAGGCUACUUAAGGAUUUUGAUUCAACAACGCCACCUGUAGGUCAUUUAGUUUUGUAUUAGUUUUGUGAUGAAAUACUUUUUAUGGUAUAAAGACCUAUAAAGUGGGGCUGGGCGAUAUUGCAAAAAAAAACAAACACUCAAACUUCUUUACAAAUAUCCAAGAUUUUUUUUUUUUAUUCACGAUUAUUUUUAAAUUUAGGAAAAUUGCAUUAAAACAGUAAUUUGAUUAAUCAAAUUAAUUCAAUUAACCUCACAGGCCUACUAUAAAGGACACAUCAUGGUCCAAAACUAAAUUUCAUUUCAAUGAGACGCUUAAUCCCUGUUUGGGGAAAUUAACCCUUAGAGCCUGUUUAUACCUGGUCACUUAAUCUGGUUUGUAUCCUUAGAAGGUUUUCAACACAUUCAUCUAUACUUGGUAUCAAAUGUGUCUUUGGUUGAAAUAAACUAUGGUAAUUUAGAAGUUUUCUCUCUGAAAUAUAGAAUU